AUGUUAGAGACGCUUUGUGAAAAGGACUACAUUUCCCAUAAUGCCCCGCCCAACGCUCGCUGGAGAAACCGGAAGCGCGAAUUUGAAACGCUGAACCAACGACGCGGGACCUUUUGUUUGUAUUGUGAAGAGCUGUAUAAUAAAGCAAGAAAGCACUCUGUCGGCUACACAACUCGGAGGCAAAUUGUAGGCACUAUCACCAGGAGCAGAGUUGUCACAACUUUGAGACCUCAAAAUCAGACUGAUGACACAACAUACUACGUGUUCAUUGAAAUUCUUAUGAUAUGCUUAUAUAUUGUCAUCUUAGUCAUUGGUGUUACUGGAAAUGGACUUGUCAUCUUUGUGACCGGCUACAGAAUGAAGACGACAGUCAACUCUAUUUGGUUUCUUAACUUGGCGAUUGCAGACUUAAUUUUUGUUUUGUUCUUGAUUAGUCAGAUUGUCAUUAUCUUUCACAAGUUAAUUUGGCCAUUCGGUGACUUAAUGUGUAAAUGUUUUUCUUUUAUGAUAUCUCUAAAUAUGUUUGCAAGUGUUUUCUUUCUGACAGUUAUCAGUGUGGAUCGAUGUCUGUGCACAUGGUUUGUUGUUUGGGCUCAGAACAAACGAACUUUAGUCAAAGCCAGAAUCAUCAGUGUAUUUGUGUGGAUUUUAGCCAUCUGCUGCAGCAUCCCUUAUCCCAUCAAUCACUCGGUACAGGAACAUUAUGGAUUGAAACUCUGUGUCUACAACCAGUCAAGUGAUGUAUUACUGUCUCUGUUCACAUACAGGUUUAUGGUUGGCUUUCUAAUUCCCUUCUUGAUCAUUGUAUCUUCAUACAUAGCUAUAUGUGUUCGGGUGAAACGUCUCAAUAGAGGAAAGCAGCUUCGGCCUUACUGGGUCAUUAUAUCUGUGAUUCUGGUUUUUUUCAUAUCCUGCUUUCCUUUCCAUGUUCAACAAGUGUGUCACAUAAGUGCAGUGAAGUAUAACUGGAGUUACAGUGCUCGUAAAGUAAUUUAUUCUGCAGCACCUUUUGUAAGCUGUCUGAUUUAUGUAAACAGUUGUCUGAACCCCAUUCUCUAUGUGUUCAUGUGUGAUGAGUAUAAGAAGAAACUUAAAAAGUCUCUCCUGCUGGUGUUUGAGGGGGCUUUUACUGAAGAGCAUCUGGGUUUGAGGUCAACUCCACUUCCUCACAACUGUUAA